AUGAGUUUUUUAUUUGCCCCGUUUUGUCAGAUGGCUUUUCUUAUUCGCCUCAGGGCAGCUGCCGCACUUUCCUGUAACAGGGGAGAGCCCCAGACCUCCUUUGAGGCUUCGAGGGCCCUACGCCUCCUUCAAGGCACAGGAUCUAAUUGUGGCAUGGGCCUCGUGGUUGCCGCUAAUGCGCACAUCAUUCCUUCCGAGAUGCCACUUUGGACUCCUGGAGGAAGGCAUCCCACGGAGCCAGCCCCAGGCGUUCCAGCUGCAGCGUAUGGCAUGUCAACUGCAGAAGGGGGUGCCAGUUUCCGGGGAACGCAGUUGGGCGUGCAGGAGCCGUUGUCAUUUUAUGGGAAUGUCCACGCCGCAGAUCCAAUGCCAGUAGCCGAAGUCCCCAUGUGGAUUUGGGCCUCCUCGACCGUGAUCUGCGUUUUGUUGCUACUGCUGUGGGCGCUGCACCAACGCCGGUUUUCCCUAGUAGCAGGACAGUUACGUCUGAUUCAGCGCCGCUGUUUCAGCCCUCCCGCUGCCCUUUACAUGAGCCUCGUCUACUCCUUCUUUCCUCUAUCUGGAGCAAUCGCUUGGCUCUCCCUUUUGGAGCCCCGUGUGGGGUUGCUUCUGUCGCAGCUUCGGUCUGCAUGGGAGGUUUGCUGCAUGCAUUGCUUCAUGCUGCUAAUGCUGCACCUGAUGGGAGGCCCAGAGACCACGCUGCUUCUAAUACAGCAGCAGCACUCCCUGCGUCUAACCCAAAACAGCAACGAAACCCAUGUGGAUGCGAAGCAGGUCUUCAUUUCGACGGGCGUCGAUUGGGGGGUGCGGCAGGACAAGAAGAAACUUCCUCCCUCUCUGCAGCCGGAGCAGACAGGCACGCAUCAGAAAGCAGAUGUACAUGGGGCAGGGAGUAAAUUCGAAUCAGGACUGAUAACUGUUCGGCACGUCAGUCAAUCAGGCAGCAGCAGCAACGGCAGCAAAAACAACAGCAUCAGCAACAGCAGCAGCAGCAACAGCGACACCAACAGACUGACGGAGGUACAGCUGAGUGAACUCAAUGCAACAAGAUUUUACCGCCGGAGCAUUUCCACCCCGAAUAUACUGUUUUCAGCGGAAGCACUACCAACAGCAGCAUCACGCAUACCAGCAGCACCGGAGACGGCGCCAGCGGUGAAAGGAGAGCAAGAGUUAGACCCGGAUGGGAUAGGGCAAGGAGCGUGUCGCGUUUCUGCGUGUUCUUGCAGCGACUCCGCAUCGUCCGCUUCACAGGCAGAAAAUGAAGAAGUAGCGCCACAAGAAGAAGGCAAAGGCACUUCUGAAACGCCAAAGAAUGCUGCAGCGCCUGCCACGGCAUUUCCAGUGGCAGUUGAUGCGGCCGAUUAUGGCGUCACGUGCAAGAUUGCCCUGGGGCCCCUAAAGAACCCCCGAGAGCCCAAGUGCCGUUGCUCGGUUGCGAGCGCCGCUGACAACCAGUGGCGUAUCCGAUGGAAACGGGCCAGGAGAGCUUCCUGCCUUAGCAGCAAGAGCUGUCUCCACUGCAACAAAGCGGUGAACUGCUCUCGUUCCAGUGGAGACAACCGACACUCGGGCUCCCAAGGCGCCCUCCAGACCAGCAGGAGCUACAAGAACAGCAGCAGCAACAGCAGCAACAGUCCCACUGCCUCUGCUGAUGGACAGGGGACUUGUUCUAUUUGGCGUCGUUGCAGAGAAAGGCUACACAGGCAGCGCUUGACGCUUCGAGCCUCCAAACACCGCCGAAAAAGCAUGCCACACUUUACUCCUGCAGUGGUGGUCGUAACGCCGCGAAGUGGAGAAUCAGGUAGAUCGCCUUACGAGGGAGAUGCGCUUCUCCCAGUUUUUCAUGCCACUGCUGCUUCUGCUGCUGCGGUUGCUCUUGCUGCUUCUGCUGCUGCCGCUGGCGAGGUGCUAGAACUUCAUCUUCAGCACCAGCGACAGUCGCUCAGAAUGCCCGAAGCAACGGGUGCCAGACGCAGCGACAAGAAUAUCGAUCCACCGGGUAGAGAAGCUGCUACUAUUACCAUUGAUACAGCCGAUGCUGCAAUUAGAGCCCGCACCAACAGGCGCGAACAGGUGGUUAGCAGCCCAUCUCUUGCGCCUCUAGCCGCUGUUGAUGUUCACCAACAGCUGCUGAAGCACCAUAAGCUCCAGCACCAGGGACCACUGCAGCAGCAGCAGAAGGGACGCGUUCUGCGACUAAGAGCUGCUGAAACAGGGGCAUCACGGUCGGGAGCAGCAGUACCUUGCAGCACUUGCAGCACCGCUGUAGCCUCUCACGGGUCUUCUCCAGCUGGAUUAUUUGCUGGAAAUGACCAGCGGACGGGUGCUGCCUCGAAGGAUAUUCAUCGAAAAGGGGAGAGUUUCGAUAUCCAGUCUCAACCACGCCCUACCUCUGCUACAAAUGAUGCAUCCCCACACGAAAAGAGAGGCAACGGAGCGGGGGCUGCAGACAGGAGAAUUUGGUUCGUGCCGCCACUCUGCUGCCUCGCGUGGAAGACAAAGGCCAGGCCCUUUUCUGCGUGGGACCUUCGCAUGAGCUACCGUUGCUUGCUUCCGUUCACGGUGCUGAAGUUGCUGCGAGUGCUUCUCUGUUAUUUGCUGUCAACAUUAAUGCAUCUCGGGAACGAAAGAGAGAAAGAUGCUGCGGCUGCUGGUUUUAGGGAUGCCAGUGUUGCUGGGGGGGGAGAAGCGAGCCAUCAGCAUGUACUGCAACGGCUUUUGCAGCUAUGCUGCUUCUUUUCACUGGUUGUUGCCAUGUGGGGCCUUGCUGUCGUCUUCGUUGCCACAAGACCCUUACUGAAACCCUUUAACAUAGGGUGGAAAUUUACUUGCCUAAAGGCCCUGGUGUUUUUCAUUCAGCUGCUGGAGCUUGCUGCGGAGGCACUGCAGCCCAUCUCUCGUGCUGCCAUUUCUGCUACAGAUGAUGCUGCUGCAGCAACAACAGCGGCAGCACAGAUAGUUUAUGUUUUCACCUUCCUCGAGCUUCUUGGGUCCGCGGUGUGUGCUGUGAUGGCUACCUGGGCGUAUAAGCCGGGAGACUUACUACGCGCGCACCAGCGCCUGCUGUUGCUGCAGAAGCAGCUCCCCGUGGGCGCCGCCCCAGCAAUCGAAGAGAAUGGCAGCUACAGUACCAACUGCGAAAAAUGGAGACACGCUUCCAUGCCUUUCAGCAAGUUAGUGGCGGUUGCAAGAAGGUGCAGCUUCAGGCGCUUCCGGCCAUCCCCAGCAUAA